ACCGAAAUUACAAUAGUAGACAGCAUCAGUUUCUUCAAGUUCUUUGAAAGCGAUAGAUAAAAACAAAAAAAAAAAAAAAUGAAAUUCUUCUCAUUGUUCGUUGUAGCCCUCUUGGCCUUGAAUGUUGCCGCCAAAACCACCGUUGGCAAGCAUACCGAAACCACUCAUCUUGAGACCGAUGUUGUCCAUUACAAGAGCUUCUUUGAAAGUGAAUUUGGUGUCGCUCUUAAGACCUAUUACAACUAUAUCAAACACUACUUGGCUGAACCCUUGACUCAUUUAGUCGAAAAAUUCUAUGAAGCUUUCCAAAGAAUCGAGAAAUUGGUCCCCAAAGAAUUGACCAUCGUGUUCGGCGACUUGCAAAGACACAUGCCUACCUUUGAACAAUUCUUCCCUCAUGACUUUAUCACCUCUUUCGGCGAAUUAUUCAUCACUAUUGCUGACACUUAUUUCCCCCCUGAAUCCUUUGCUGUCUUCGGUAAAUUCUUCGAAAGUAUCCCCAAAGUAACCGACUUCGUUCCCCGCGAAGUUUUGUAUAACUUCGGCACCUACUUGUCCAACGUUCCCGUUGUCAGAGAAGUUUACAAGAACACCUACUUGGUAUUGGAACAAUUGGUUCAUCAUGAAAAUCACCAUUACUAAGGAAGCAAAUGCGACAUCA